AACGUCAACUUCGUCCGCAAGGACUGGUCGUUGUAACUUAUCGACACCCCAAUGCGUUUGCUAUGCUCCCGGGUUAACUGUCCAAUUACAUCAUGGGCAUACGUUCCUCUUCCGCCGAUUAAACGAUCCCCUGGCUUUGACUUUUGCUGCCACUGCCGUCACGAAAGCUUCCGCCUCCGACUACCCGCCUUCCGCGCGGAUGCGGCGUCACAGACGUAUUGCGAACAUCCCCGUUGUCAGGUUCGGGGACCGGAAUGACUGCGAUUGUGGGCAAUGCGCCUAUAUAAUAGGUGAGUAAUGCGUUGACACCAUCUAUCUUCACGUCACCCCGCACUCGAUCGCUACAAUGUUCAUCUCACUGCGCACUACCUUGCUCGCGCUCGUGCUCGUGUCAGCGCCCCUCGCAGAUGCUGUCGUCGUCAGAACCUCGACGACGUCGACCAUCACGCGCACGCGCAUCGCUUACACUUCGUCGACGUCAACCGAUCCGGUCACAGUGACCUCCACGACGACCACAUACGACGAAACUGUCACUGUGCCGACCCUCACGACGACGACGACGACGUUCUAUACAACUGAGACGCCGCCCUGAUUGUAUUCGCUGCUUCGGAUUCACGGUCUAUGACACUGAUUGUGGAAUACAUGUACUUUCACGACGUAAAUGGAAUUUAAAAAUCACACGGCGCG